UCCCACUCCAAAUAAUUUCCUCUCUUCUUAGCUUCAAAGCCAACCUAAAAACAAACCCACUAACAACAUCAUAUAUUUAAUCCCUCAAAGUCCACCACACUCUCCAUUCCCCUCCCUCCACCAUGCUCCUCCUGCUCCUCCUCCUCCUGGUUUUAUCCUCCACCACCACCACGUCUUCCUCCGGCCAUUGCUCGCCGGAAACCAACACAAAAAGUUACGCGAAAUGCCUCACCCUCCCAACCCAGGACUCCUCCUUCUCCUGGACCUACCACCCCCAAAACUCCACCCUCCACCUCUCCUUCACCGGCACCUUCAUCUCCCCUUCUGGCUGGGUCGCCUUCGGUAUCAACCCCGAAUCCCUCUCCAUGUCCGGCACCCGUGCCCUAAUCUCCUUCCCCGAUCCCACCUCCUCCUCCCUCCUCCUCCUCCCUUUCCUCCUCAACCCCUCCGUCAAACUCCAACGCUCCCCUCUCCUCUCCCAUCCCCUCGAUAUCCCCUUCCUCUCCCCCUCCGCCUCUCUCAUCCAAUCCCCCUCCGUCCGCUCCGGCGCCAUCGUCCGCAUCUCCGCCUCCCUCCACCUUUCCCCCAACCGCACCCGCAUUAACCUCAUCUGGAACCGCGGCCUCUACGUCCAAGGCUAUUCCCCCACCGUCCACCCCACCACCCCCAUCGAUCUCGCCUCCCGCACCACCAUCGACCUCCUCUCCGCAUCCGCAGACAUCUCAUCUAAGCCCCUUCCAACCUGGUUCCGAUCCGCGCACGGUUCAAUCAACGCAAUAACAUGGGGGUUCUUCAUCCCCGCAGGCGCGAUGGCUGCACGCUACUUGAGGCAAUGGCCGGGCAUUGGAUCAGGAUCGACCUGGUUCUACAUCCACGCGGCAGUUCAGAUCUCGGCGGUGGCUGUCGGAUCGGUGGGAUUUGGGUUUGGGGUUGCGAUGGGGAAUAGGGUUUAUGUUCUGCAUCGGGGAUUAGGGUUUGCAGUGAUGACGGCGGGGGGUUUGCAGGCGGCGGCGAUGUUUUUCCGUCCUGCGACCACGCACAGGUAUCGUAAGUACUGGAAAUCGUAUCAUCAUCUGCUGGGGUACGGGUUGGUGGUGGUGGGAGUAGUGAACGUGUUUCAGGGGAUGGAGAUGAUGGAAUUAGGGCGAUCGUAUGCGAAGCUGGUUUAUUGCUUGGCGGUGGGGACGAUGGGUGGGGCUUGUGUGGCCCUUGAGGCGAAUGGGUGGGUGCUUUUCUGCAGGAAGGCGGAGGAGGAGAAGGUUAGAAGGGAGGAGGGAGGUGAGAGACGGCGGUUUCCGGCUGAUGUUUGCGGCGGGGACGGUGGAGAAUCGGCGAAGGGGUAUAUGGGUGUUUAAGGCUGUGCUUGGCAGCAUAUUAAUGGCGGAUUUAGCUACGGAUUCAGUUUAAAUCACUCUUAAAUCCGACUACCUGAAACUUGCUAUUUACAAAACCGCCACCUUGUUUCAUCCAUUUUUCGAUUUCUUACUCAAAUAUCAAGAUUUAUGGUAA